UUCUCACAUAUCGGUAUCUAGAUUGUUUAUUUUUGUGUCAAUUGAUGGCUAUAAACACAAAUAUAACACAUUUUAAUUAUUAUUAUAAAAAAUAAAAUAAACAAUAUUAAUGUUCUAAACAAAAGUCAGAGGAUCUUUGUCAACUGUUGAAACGUGAAUUUUCAAUUCUGGUAAUUUGAUGAGCAGUUUCGCAGCAAAGACUUGCAAGUACCCGCGCUCAGUAUUACUAUGAUUGGCUAAAAUAACAGUUACAUUAUUGUGCACAGCAUCUAAUAUAUCAUGAUGAGACAUUUCCCCUGUCAAAUAAAUGUCGGCUUUAACUCCACGCAAAACGGACGCACCAGAACCUGCAACAGCUGCAGCCGAUUUGAUUGUUGAUUCUGAAAAAUCAAUUUAAAACAUUAUAAUAAUAAUACGUUUAUAUUGUUUAAAUAACCACUCAUUCCUUAAAUUUUAAAUAAGUACAAGCCAACAUUUUAACUUCAAAUUAAAGGAACUCAUUUGUCUUGUAUGCAAGAUUCCUUCUUGGAUGUAUACGGCAAUAAAACACAAAACUAAAUUAAGAUCUUCGGUUAUUGGUGUUUUAACAUCAACAACGUUACUCUAAAACUCAGAAGGGAAUGUUACUCUUUGUGCUUCCCAGGCUUUGUAAACUUUAAACUGUUAUAACUCAUACACAGUAAAUCUAAUAGUGUUAUGUAUAUCAACAUUUCUAGAAAAUAUUCUCUAUUCAAAUUUGAAAAUCAAAAGAAUGUACUCAUUUAAGGUAUAUGAAGUAGGGGUAAAAAAUUAAAAAUGGUUUUGAAAUAAAGCUUACACAAUUCCAUGAUAAUUAGAAGAAACAGAAAUCAAAUUCGCUUAAAAUACUCUGAGAUAAUUGCUAGUUCAUGAUAAAAAAAUCAGCCUGUAUUAAAAUAUAUAUUAAAAUAUUUGAUUAUGUAUUAUUAUUGGUGGCUAGAUAUACAAUAAAAAUAAAGGGUAUAAAAAUGUAAAAGAAACUUAAAUUUACACUAAUAGUUGUCAUUAUGUUCAAUAACAGGUGUUAACGUGUAAAUAUGUUAUAAAAUUAUAAUUAUUAAAGAAUAAGUAAAACAUAUUUUACAGUUUGAAAUUGCAUAAAGCAUAGGUAUUUACCCAUUGUUGAUCCUCUGGCCAAAGCUAACAUCAAAUUUUUGACUCCUAAAUGUGACUUGAUUUUCUCAAUAGCGUUGCCAACAGUUAGCUCAUUUUUAAACCGACAGAGACGACCACCACCUGCAAUGGCUUGUGAGGGGAACUGUAAAAAAAAAUGUCAAGUUAAAAUCACCAGGGAUGGACAAAGGAAAAAGUUUCUUGGAGGGUUUUUAAUAAAAUUUUAAUCAUUUUAGAUUCCGAUCGUAGCAAGGAAGCUAUUGGUUUUACUAAGAUAUUUAUUAUUUUUUCUUUUUUUAGUCAGUCGACACGUUUUUUCUUAGUAAAUUUGCUCCGAUUUUUACGUGUAGCAACUUUUUUGAAAGCUCAAGUUGUCUAGAUGGUACUUUAGAGAGGUUGAUUUUCGACGCCAUUUUUUUAAAUAAAAUCACUUAAGUUAGAAAAAAUGAAAAAAAACGUACUAUUUCACGAUUUAAUUAUUUUAUAAAAACAGGGACGAUGUUUUCUACCAGAAAAAAUGAUUUAAUCGAAAAAUCACAAGAUACCUUUUUGAUUUACUUUCUAUCGGUAUCAUUGCCAAUUUGGUUAUAAAUACAUGUAGAAACUUGAAAAUUGGUAAUAAUAUGGACUUACCUAGACGUGGUGAAAUUUCCAAAAUCAUCGGACGACUUUUUUUUUUUAAUAAGUGUUUCGAAAUCAAAUUUAAACGAAAAUCACAAAAAUUAUGUACUACCGAACUGCGCUCGAAAUCGUCUUCCGUCAAGCAAUGGAUUAUCGUUGCUUACAGAUAUAAAUGAAAUAACCUUAUGUAUCCUACCUUCCCAACUUUUCACCUACAACAAUGGCCGCUCCCAUCCCCAAUAUCAGUUCUUUUUUAUUUUUUUUAUUGUUUUCAAUUAAUUUCAGAUAUUAAAUAUUUUUAAUUUUUUUUGCAUUCACUCUUGUAUAUAGUGUUCUUCGUGUUAAGUCAUAUACAUACCGAUUCAGAUUUGGUGACAAGUACGUGUGCACCGAGAGAGUUUGCUAUUGCAUCCAAUGAUGAGAGGACAUUCAAAUUACACAACAAUUGGAGUUGAGAGGCGCUAAAUGUUAGAAUCCUGUGAAUAAUUUCUACGUAUAUUAGUAUUAACCUCUAAAACUAUUUUUGUUAUUGUUUUUUUAAUAUUAUUUUUGUUAUUAAUGAAUAAUAUUUUUCUUCUCUACCUGAAAUCUUUGUUGUCAAUUUGAUUUUCAAGGACAGCUGUAAAUUUUUUUUCGUCCAACGGUUUGUUAUUUGAAGCAUAUGAUGUAAAAACUGCCAAGUGGCUAAACUCUGGACUAAUACUGAGUGGAUGAAUCGGAGAAACGGUACCGUCUAAAUAAGAAAAAAUUAAUAUCAAUAAUCAUAAAAAUUGAAUGAUCAUGAAAAAAAAAAAAAACAAUUUCAUACCAAAAGUGCUUAACAGCCAAUCGGUUAGCCCAUUUUCUACAGCAUCCCACGAAGUAUGGGGUGAAUAAACAGAAAUUCCUUGGCUCAGACAACGGCUCACAAUACGGCUCUAAGUAAAAACAAUAUUAUACUGAAGUAUGAAAAUAUUAUUUUUUAUUAAUUAUUAAUUACUUUAGGGCUGUGGAUUUUUAUUUAAUUAUUUAUAAGAUAUAAUAUUUAUGUUAGUUGAUUAUAUUUUCAAAAAUAUUACAUUUAUAUACUUAUAUAUAUAUAUAUAUAUUUUUUUUUUUUUAAAUUUGAAAUGCAUUGUAAGCGGUUUUUUUAAGAAUAGUUUAAGUGAAUUUUGAAGAUUUAUAAUGAACUUUUUACACAGGUUUUUUAGUUUAUUAAAUUCAUUAAAUGUUAGAACUUAAUUUAUAUAGGUAAGCGAUUUUUACCUUCCAAGAGUCCAGAGUUAUUCGCUUUAGUGGGGCAAACACUGGGGGAUGGUACGAAACAAUAAGGUCUGCUUGGAUGGUUUCAGCUUCGUCCAAUACAUCUUCAGUUAGAUCAUUGGUAAAUAAUACGCAGCCCACGGGUUUAUGGACGACUGGCUCCACCAACAAUCCCACAUUAUCCCAUGAUUCGGCCAAUGACAACGGUGCCAUUUCUUUCAGAACCGACAGCACUUGUGACAGUUCUGGCAUGUUUAGCAGUUUGUUGUUGGUUACCGAGCAAAGAUUUCGUCUCCACAGAAUUUUAUCUUUAACAAUAUGUUGCGAUUCUGUUGAAAAUCAUUUAUUAAUUUGGUACAUUUUAUAAACAAAUUGUUAUCACAAUUAAGUAAAAAUUUAUUUAUUAAAUAACCACUAUAAUUGUAUUUGAAAUCCUCAAGAUCAAAAAUUUAAACAUAAUUAGGUAGUUACCUACUUAAAUAUAAAAUAGUAACUAAAAAAACUUCUAAGGAAACUAAAGAAAAGUUUCCUUAAAGGGUUUUAAGGCGAGCCAUUGAAAAUUGGUGUUGUAUAGACCAACUUACGGGUUAAAAAACAAUAUGUAUACUUAUAUUAUAUUUAUAAAUUUUAUGGGCUAUUAUUUUGUAAUGAAUUUCAAUAAACUGGACGGGCGUCAUCGUUUUUUCCAUGUUCAAUAGAUUUAAUAAACGGACCAAUUAAAUGAGCGAAUUAUUUUUGUUAGGCCUAAUUUCUGACGGUCAUUGUUAUUUAUAGAUUAAUUAAUUUUUUUUUUCACAUACUCGUGUACAAGCUGUAAGUGCCUACGCGUCAAACUAAUAAAGCUUAACGACUGCAAGUAUACCUAUAUACUUGCUAUCAUAAUCAAUGUAUAUACAUGGUUUUCAAUUUAUUUGGUCGAAAUUAUGAACUCUAAUAACCUGUAUUAGGUAUAUAGGUAGGUAUACAGAUAAUAAUCGAUUCUCGAUAAGACACUCGUUAGUCGUUAGGCACCUUAAAAAAUAGAAACUUUUUCCGGAAUUUCGUUUUGAAAAUUUCAGAAUUGGGGUAAAAUACUUUUUAAAAGUAAGAAUUCCGAGCAAGUAUUCAAAUAAAUUACAACAACACAUUUUUAAAAUAUUUCGAAUACGUCGGAAAAUAUUAGGAAUAAGUAUUUUAGGAAUCUAUAAAAAAAAAAAAAACUGACAUACUUUGCACGGUGGGUGGACCACUGUUAUAGAUGAGAAGUUGGGAAGAUAGGAUAUUGAGGGAAAUUUUAUGUAUAUCUGUACCCAGGCAAAUUUAAGCAUUGCCAAUAAAAAAACAAUUCUGAGCGUUAUUAAAAGUUGGAACAAAAUUGCUAAUAAAAAAGUUGUGCACAAGAAAAAAAAAAUGGUAAAAGACGUAGCUUAGGGGUGGCUUUGAUAGUAAACAAAAUGAGAGAAAAUAGAAUGAGAUGAUUUGGGCAUGUCAUGAGAGAGUGAACAGUAACAGUAAGAAUUCUAAUAAAAAUAAAUGCAGGAGGAAAGAGAGAGAGAGGAAUACUGAAUAAAGGUGGUUAGAUUUGAUUGAACAUGAUAUGAGGACAGCCGGUGUAUGUGAAGUAUGAGAAAAAAAAAAUUGCAAGGUUGCUAAACCAGAAAUAUGCUGGUAUGAUACAUCCAAAUAGCUUAACAAACAUUAAAUUAAUUAUAGUAGUGUGUGUGGAAAAUAUUUAAAGAGUUAGUCAACUUCACUGGGUCCUCACUAUACAUUUAAGGUGCUCUACAUGUUUGCAGCGAUGAUCCAUAAUCGUAAUAACAAAUGGUAAAAAGUCACAACUAACUAAAAACAGUUAUAAAGUCAAUAUUUUUAUAAAAGAAGUCUUUUAAGUUGGAAGAUAUCUAGAAAAUGUGCUCAAUGCGUCCUGAUUAUUUAAUAUCCGUCCUGGUCUUGAGUUUGGUUAAAAAAAAUUGAAAGUACCUAAAAAAGUGAAAAAGAUAAAGUGGACGUAUUGAUUAGUGAUAGAAUUAAUUUGUUUAAAUUUUUGCAACUUUCCAGACCCAAAAUGUACCUCUGGUUUUAUAUAAUCUACAGUUACACUCUAUGAUAUAUUUAUUCUCCACCCCAUGUAAAAAUAUUUUCCUGUGCCACUGAUGAAUGGUGUAUUAUGUAAGCAAGUUAUUUAAAACACAAUAUCUACAAUAAAUUAUUAAUAUUGGAUUAUUUUUAAUAAUAAGACUGUAUAAUCAGUUAUCUUUAUUUAUAAUUGAGUAACACACUUGCAUACGUUUUUUACCAUAUUAUUGGAAUAUAUUUUAAUUUUCUGAACUGAACGAAAAAACUAUAUCCUAUUUCAAAAGAGAAUAAACCAUUUCAAGACAUGCCUAUGGUUGUGACUGGUGUUACCUGAUGGGAAUGCGACCGCCGAAAGAAAACUGGUUGCGCAAUCUGUAUGUUCUUUUUUGAAACAGGGUAUAGGAGGUACUAUAAUGACUUGUGCAUUUUUCUAUUAAAAAUUUAGAAUUUGUUAUAAAAUACAACACGAAAGUGAUUGUUGAUAAAAAAUAUAUGACAACCAUUAAAUAAGAUAACAUUAAUCAGUAGUGGUAGUAAUCUAACAGACAAAGUUUUAAUAUCAAUUUUAAUUUUAUUUAGUUAAUUAAUAGACUUACUAUUUCAUAUCGAAAUAUACAUAUUCUUUAAUCGUUUUUAAAUAACAAUAUUAUAGAAGAUAAUUGGAUCUUAGUUGCCUCAUUGGUCACUUAAGAUGUAUCAAAUACUGUAAAUAUAUAUAUAUAUAUAUUCUUUAAAAUGUUGAAAAACAUUGUGUUUUGUACAAUAAAGAUCAGAUAUUUUAUUAAUUACAAGAAUAAUAUUCAAUUAUUAUUUAACAUCAAAAUUACUAUAACAAUAAUAAUAAUAAUAAUAAUAAUAAUGCAUAGAUCACACAGAAAUUAUUUUGCCAUUUAUAUGGACUCAAAUUUCCAAAUUUUCACUAAUCCAUCAUCGCUGCAAGAUGCUAAUACUCCUUUUACUAUAGGAUUCCAUUGAACAGAAUUUAUAUCUUGUGAAUGAGCUUCAUCGACAUGUGCAACACACGAAAACAUGGGUUGGUUAUAAUUGGAUAAAUUGUCUUCUUUAAAUACUCUGAUGGAAUUAUCACCACAGGCUGUAGCAAUCAAAUCCGAUAAAUGGCACCAAGUUACAUCAUAAAUAGGUCUCGUGUGAAAACCACUAAUUGUGCAUACACAUUUGUACACAAAAUUUCCAUCUUUAACAGAGAUUCCUUCAGCAUUAUCUGUUAUAAAAAACCAAAAUUUAAUUUAUGUAACUUCAUAUGCCAUAAAGUAGUAAUAAUAAUUAUUUUAUACAUUUAUUUUACCUGGUAGAUAUUUUUGCCAGAUUUUUAAAGUUCGAUCAUCACUGCUCGUUACAAUUCGAUCACCGGUCUUAUCAAACGCUAAACUCCAGACGGUUGACGUAUGUGAACUCAAUGUUCCAACACAAGUCCAUUCUUUGUCUGCCGGAUCUUCCAUGAACAACUUAACACUGUUAUCAUAACUAGCAGAUCCUAGUAUAUCUUCAUGGGGAUGCCAAGCUACUUUUUUUACGUCUUGUGAAUGUGCAUUCAAAACAGCGGCGCACUCGUAUUCAUUGUCCUCCCACACUUCCCAUACCCAUACAGAUUUAUCACGACUACACGUCGCCAACAUUGAGCCCGAUUUAGACCAUGCCACUCCCUUGAUUUCGUUUUCGUGGCCUUCUAGAGUAGCGUUGCAUUCAAAUUGUCCAGACUUGUUAUCCCAAAUAGCUACAGUCGCAUCGAAACUUGCGGAAGCUAAAUUUUGACCACAAUGGGACCAUGCAACGGCCCUAACUGUGCGUUGAUGGCCGUCAGCUAGUAAACACUUUAAUGCGCUUUUAUCACCCUCUUUAUAAUUCCACAGUCUGAUUGUUUUAUCUUCACCACACGAAGCUAACAUUAAGCCUUUAGGAUGCCAAGACACGUUCCAUACGAUACCUAAAUGGCCUUUUAAGGAGCACAUUGGUUUUAAUUUUCCCGUCAUUUUACAAAAUUAACACUCUGCAAAUAAAAUAUAAAGUCUUUAGCACCUAUGUACUUAUAAAAUAUAUGAGGUACUUAAGUAAUAAUUAAUUAUGAAGACCUAAUAAAUUAAUAAUUGUAUACUUAUUGUUUUUAUAUCUAUAUUUUAAUACACUUGAGUACAUUAAUAAAAUUUUAAAAGUUUAGUAACAUUGAACACUUGUAUAAAAUGAAAAUAAAACAAUUUAUUUGAGACAUAAAUUUAAACCAUACUAAUGUUAAUUACCACAGAACUAAGUAUUUAAAAUGAUUCAGUGAAAAUAUAAUUCAACACUUUAGUGGUUAUCUAUUCAGUUUUACAGCUAGUAAAUAGUAAUAUAAUAUUGUUGUAACUAAAAUGAUUAUAUUAGUUUGCUGUGAUUAAAACAAACACAAACUGUUAAAGAAGUAGAUAGGUACCUGUAUAUUAUACAAAUUUGAUAGGUAAAUCGUAUUACCUAUACGUUUUUGAGUAUAUGAUAGAAAUUAUAAACAACUUACCUUUUAUUAAACCGAAACUAUAUUUGCUGUUUACGAGGUAACGGAGGCAAACCUUUGCAAACAUAAAGAAUUUAGACUGAAACUUUCUGAGUAAUCCGUCAAGACAUUGAAGUUUAGAUCGGCUUUAAAAUAAUAUACAAUGUGCUUCAGAAAUAGUCUGAAAUCAUAAUACUAUUAACUACUUACUAUAGACUACAGUCAGGACCACGAAGAUAACAUUAUCAUUAUACUAGAAUAAGCCAUAGAUGUAUACAUAGAACCACGGUGAAGUUUUGGCGCCUCGUGCCUAUGUUUUGAAUAGGUAGGUAUAAUGAUAAUAAUAACAAUAAUAAUUCGUGCGCGAUUAUUGUAUGAUAAAAGAAACUGAAUGCACCACUACACCACUAAUAUUUAUAUAUUUAUAUGUUUAUAGAUUGGAUUUUAUGGUUAUUUUGUAAAAUUAAUUAUCCAACAAUCUACUAUAAUAUAAUAUACUAUGUGAUUUUUAUAAUAUUUUAAGCUAUGUGAUUUUUUAUAAUAUUAUACUUAGAGUAUACUCAAUUCCUUUUUAACAUUAUUGAACAGACAUGUCUAGAAGAUCUUGUUUUUAUUGCCAAUCUACACCAGCCACUGUACCAGGACUAAUAUUACACAAGUAAGUAAUUAAAAAUAAUUAGGUAUAAAAUAAUAGGCAUAAUUUUACCGUUAAGAAAUUACUCAGUAAGUAUUGAUCAUUGUGUUUGCUAUUUCAUUCUAAUGACUAUUAGAACAUAAUUUUGAACUAUACUUUUAGGUUUCCUACUGAAGUAUCGCGUCGUAACAUUUGGUUAAAAUUGUGUGGUUACAGUAAUGAUGAUUACUUACCAAGUAGAGCAAUUUGUUCUCUUCAUUUUGAAGACGAUUCUUACAGAGUUACAAACAAAAAACUGUUAAAAUCUUGUGCUAUACCAACUAAAUUUAAAAAACUAUCAAAAACAACAUGGUCAAGUGUUGUUAAGAGCAAAAUGUCUAGUCAAUGUAUGGAUUAAUAAUAUAAUACAAUUUUUUAUUACAUUUAUAUUUUAUUAUAGCACUUGAAGAAAACAGUUGUGAAUUAUCUUGUUCUACCACGAAUGUCCUACAGCAUAAUUUAA